UAUUUCAGUCCCCUUGUGAUAAAGAGAGGGGAAGGAGAAAAGCAGAUCAACCUUCUGGUUCAUUCUUUUCUGCAUCACAUUUUCCUUCUGAUUCUGUAGCAUCAACACAUAAAGGAUUAACCAUGACCAUGAUGCCUGAGAAGCAGCCAGAGAGAAAAUCUAAAAUCUCAGCCUCUAGAAAGCUCAUGUUAAAGAGCUUGAUGGUUGCAAAAGCCAAAGAAGAGCUGGAGCAGGAGAUGGAAGAAAAAGAGGAGCAAAAAGCAAAAUACCUUGAAGAGAAAGUUCCUCCCCUACAAGUCACUGGUAUGUCCCUGGCAGACCUGAAGGCAUUAUGUGAGGAACUGCAUGCUAAAAUAGAUGUAGUAGAUGAAGAACGGUAUGAUAUUGAAGCCAAGGUCUUGCACGACACCAGAGAGAUUAAAGAUCUAAACAUCAAAGUGCUAGAUUUACGAGGGAAGUUCAAGAGGCCUAAUUUGAGACGGGUCAGGGUCUCUGCAGAUGCUAUCCUGCGCUCCCUGCUGGGCUCCAAGCACAAGGUGUCGAUGGAUCUGAGAGCCAACCUCAAAUCGGUCAAGAAGGACGACACAGAAAAGGAAAAGACAGUGGAGGUGAGUGACUGGAGGAAGAACGUGGAAGCCAUGUCAGGCAUGGAGGGGCGCAAGAAAAUGUUUGAUGCAGCCAAAGGCCAGACGCAGCUUAGGAGCGAAAGAGAAGAACACAGUACACAAUUCCCCACUGGGCACUGUCUGAAUCACACAAACAGUCCGGGUACUGUGUCCCGAAACAUGUCGGACACCGAAGAGGCCGCUUAUGAAGCAGACACUUCAGAGGAAAAUGGAGUGGGUGCAGAUGAUUCAAAGCCCAAGUUUAAGCCUGCAUUUGUGCCUCGCUUGGCCCCUCUUAAGAUCCCAGAUGGUGAAAAAGUGGACUUUGAUGACAUCCACAGGAAGCGAAUGGAAAAGGACCUGACUGAGCUGCGCACCCUGAUUGAAGAUCACUUUGAGAAGCGAAAGAAGGAAGAGGAGGAGCUGCUUGUGCUCACAGAUCGCAUUGAAAAACGCAGGUCUGAGAGAGCUGAGCAGAUGAAGAUUAGAGCUGAGAGGGAACGAGAACGGCAGGCCAGACUAGCUGAAGAGAAAGCAAGAAAAGAGGAAGAAGAAGCUAAGAAGAAAGCAGACGAUGAUGCAAGGAAGAAAAUGAUUUUAUCCAACCUGAGUUUUACUGGAUAUAUGCAAGCACAACCUGGAACUAAAAGGCAAACAGAAAGGGAAAAGAAGAGGAAAAUCCUAAAUGACCGCCGCAAAGAGCUAAACAUUGAUCACUUGAAGGAGGACAAACUGAGAGAGAAAGCAAAGGAGCUGUGGGAUUCUAUGCGACAGCUUGAGGCAGUGAAGUUUGAGCUUCAGUUUAAGUACACCAAGCAGAAGUAUGAGAUCACAGUGCUCAGAAAUCGUGUCAGUGACCAUCAGAAAAUCUCAAAGGGCAGUCGGAGCAAGCGAGGCCUGAGGAAGUGACAUCUGCUG